AUGCCUGGUGGAGGUGGAGGUGGAGGUGAAGGAGACAACUUGGCCAUGGCUAGUGACCUUCCAUUUUACGGUCCUAGACAAGCCAUGGAACUUCAAGAAUUCAAUCGAAAACCAAGACAUAACGUCUCUAGAACACUUGGUGAGCUUUUACAGCGAGUGGGAGACUCGACUAAUGAUAACUGUCCAUCAUCACACCCAGUGUUUGAGGUUGAUCAUGAUCAUGUUUAUCAACCUGCUUCUAUGCCCUUUGUUCUUUCCUUUCAUAAUCUUACAUACAGUGUAGAAGUUCGUCGAAAAAUCAUUCCUUCGUGUUUUAGGAGGACUUCGGCCAAUGGAUCCUCCGGGAAUUUGAUGGAGAACGAAUCGGGAACUAAAGUUUUGCUAAAUAACAUCUCUGGGGAAGCUAGAGAAGGGGAAAUCAUGGCUGUUCUUGGGGCUAGUGGAUCGGGAAAAUCCACGUUGAUCGAUGCCUUGGCUGAUCGUAUAUCAAGAGAGAGUCUCAAAGGGAUCGUCACUUUAAAUGGUGAAAUGUUGGAGUCUAAGCUUCUCAAAGUUAUAUCAGCUUAUGUGAUGCAAGAUGAUCUCUUAUUCCCCAUGUUAACUGUGGAAGAAACCCUUAUGUUCUCUGCUGAAUUUAGGCUUCCAAGGUCUAUGCCCAAGUCACGGAAGAAAGCUCGAGUUCAAGCACUGAUUGAUCAAUUAGGCCUGCACACCGCGGCCAAUACGGUGAUAGGAGAUGAAGGCCAUAGAGGAGUUUCCGGUGGUGAAAGGCGCAGGGUCUCAAUUGGAACUGAUAUAAUUCAUGACCCUAUACUGCUGUUUCUUGAUGAACCCACAUCAGGCCUUGAUUCAACAAGUGCAUACAUGGUGGUGAAAGUCUUGCAAAGAAUUGCCCAAAGUGGAAGUAUAGUGAUCAUGUCAAUUCAUCAGCCAAGUUAUAGAAUUCUCAGCCUGUUGGACCGUCUGAUCAUUCUUUCGAGUGGACAGACGGUGUUUAGUGGUUCACCGACGACCCUACCACGAUUCUUCUCGGAGUACGGGCAUCCAAUUCCGGAAAACGAGGACCGGACUGAAUUUUCUCUUGAUUAUAUCCGGGAGCUAGAAGGAAACCCCGGUGGAACCAAAAGUUUGGUGGAUUUCAACAAGUCUUGGCAAAUGAAGAAUCCUAGAAUCAGCCACUCAAAUGGACCAAGACUAUCACUCAAAGAUGCCAUAAGUGCAAGCAUUUCAAUGGGAAAACUGGUUUCUGGUUCAACGAAUGUUGAUUCAAAUCUCUCAUCUUCAGUUCCAACAUUUGCAAAUCCCUUUUGGAUUGAAGUUCUUGUAAUAGCCAAAAGAUCAAUCACAAAUUCAAGAAGGGCUCCCGAGCUUUUCGGAGUACGAUUUGGAGCAGUUUUGGUAACUGGAUUUAUCCUAGCCACAAUUUUUAGGAAACUAGAUAAUACCCCAAAAGGAGUUCAAGAAAGAUUAGGGUUCUUUGCCUUUGCCAUGUCCACAACUUUUUACACUUGUGCUGAAGCAAUUCCAGUAUUUCUCCUCCAACGUUACAUCUUCAUGAGAGAAACUGCUUACAAUGCUUAUCGUCGUUCGUCUUAUGUUGUCUCCCAUGCCUUACUGUCCCUCCCUUCUCUAUUAGUCCUUUCACUUGCAUUUGCUGUAAUAACCUAUUGGGCUGUUGGUUUAGCCGGUGGCACUUCAGGUUUCCUCUUCUUUCUCACCUUCAUUUUCGCGUCCUUCUGGGCCGGAAGCUCCUUUGUCACAUUCCUUUCUGGAGUUAUCUUCAAUGUGAUGAUGGCUUACACAGUUGUCGUCGCCAUUUUAGCCUAUUUCGUGCUCUUCAGUGGCUUCUUCAUAUCCCGAGAUCGAAUUCCCCCCUACUGGAUUUGGUUCCAUUAUCUUUCUCUAGUGAAGUACCCGUUCCAAGGCGUAUUACAGAAUGAAUUUGACGAUCCUUCUAAAUGUUUUGUUCGCGGUAUUCAGGUGUUCGACAGUUCACCGUUAAGGGCUGUGCCUGAUGAAAUCAAGCUCAAAUUACUGAAAUCCAUGAGCAAAACUUUGGGAAUGAACAUUACAAGCUCAACAUGCUUGACAACAGGAUCAGAUAUUUUGAAGCAAUCUGGAGUUACUGAUAUAGAUAAAUGGCAUUGCCUGUGGAUUACUAUUGCUCUGGGAUUUUUCUUCAGAAUUUUAUUUUAUUUUGCUCUCUUGAUUGGAAGCAAAAACAAGAGGAAGUAA